AGGCAAAAUUAAGCGCCCGUCUCAGGCACCCUGGCUUGGACCGUGCUAGUACACAAAACUCGAUAACCUAGUUACAGACCACAACUCUAGUAACUACUGAAAGGUUAACUGAUACAACUACGAACGACUACUUGUUUUAGUACAAGAAAAGCUACGAAAAAAAAACCGCUGUACCACACACAGUACCAAUUGUCACACUCGACACGGGUAUUUUGUGUUUUUCAUCAUAAAACAUUGUACGAUCAUCAAACUUGUGUAACUAGAAUCGAACAGACGGUCGAGUUCCCCCUCCGGAAUUCCUGUCUGCUUUUGAAGGUCUAGAACCAAAAAGCCAUAUACAUACUUCCGUUGUGUACCAUACUUUGAACUACGAAGUAAAAAAACUUCUAUUAAAGACCCACAACUAGCACGCUAUCCUACGAAAGUUUUAGGUCUGUGAUAAGAUACCAGCAGUAGAGCAACAGAAAUUUCGACCUAUAGAGAAAUUUCUAGGCUGAUUUUUACACUUCAGAUUACACUGUAGCAUUUACUACUCUACUACUUCUACAUAGCUCGAUAGCUAGCAGAAUUUCAUCCCUUUGCUAGUAUCUAUACCCCACCAAAAGACCAAACAAAAUGCCAGAGGACGUAAAAGCCGAGACAGAGGUCCCCGCCCAGGAGGUUGAGGAGAAGAAACCGAUGAAGAAGCAGGUGCUCUUCGUCCUGGGGGGACCCGGCGCAGGGAAGGGCACACAAUGCCUCAACGUGGUGCGCCGCAUGCGCGGCUGGGCCACCAUCUCUGCGGGAGAUGGUACUGAUUUUGGAAACUCAGCUCGGUGUAGUUGCCUGAAUAGAGUUGUAUCAAAGUCAGCAUGUCAUGUGACUUCUACUGUAGUGCCUCUUUAAUAAGUACUAUGCAAGCGCGAAGUUUUGAUUUGACACGGUUUGACUUCACUUUUCACAGUGCUCCGCGCUUGCCGAAAGGAAAAUCCGGAUUCCGAAGACGCUAAGACGAUUGAGAAGCACAUUUCCGCGGGUACCAUCGUUCCGGUGGAAAUUACGAUCAAAUUAAUCAACGACAAGAUGCAGGAACAUGUGACGGACAAGAAGCGCCGACGCACGAAAUUCUUGAUCGACGGGUAUCUUUUACGACUUGAAAUUCAGCGAUUUUUUAUUUUCCCGGGUGCAGCACAUGCAGCAGAACCCGAGCGCCACUAGAAAUGAUGCAUUCUAGCACGAAAAGAUCGAUUGAUUUAAAAGUAAAAGUCAAAAGGCUGAUCGUUAUCCUCGUUCUCACUACAUACGUACAGUUUCCCGCGCAACAUGGACAAUGUAACCGGGUUCGAGAAGAUCUGCGGCGCGGACUGCGACGUGCGCGGUGCUCUUUUCUUCGAUGUUCCGGAGGAGGAGAUGGUCAAGCGCGUGCUGGAGCGCGCAGAGAAGGACGCGGAAAAGGGCGAGAAGCGAUCGGACGAUACUCCGGAGGGCGUCAAGAAGAGAUUGGAGACUAACCUGUAUUUUUCAUCUGGGGUGGCUGUUUUAUUUUCACGUAUUCAUGAUGAUCGAAAUCGAAAUGGGAAUGGCAAUGGCUCGAUAGCACCCCCGAAUAAGUAAGCUCUUCAAUAGCAAUUCCAAAUUAUUCCACCAUAAACAGGAAGGAGUGCGCCCCGAUCGUGAAGAUGUACGAGGACAAGAGCCUCCUGAAAAAAAUCGACGGGAACCGCAAGCCGAACGAGGUCUGGAAGGAUGUCCAGGCGGCUAUGCGGGACGUCGAGAAGGCCAUCCGGGUCGAUUAUCCGGGAAAGCCGCGCCCGGAAGCCAAGGUAUUUGGUGUGUCUUUGUUAAUACUUGUCGUAUGCACCGGCACCGCAAAUGAUGAUGAAAGCAAAUCCGAAGCAUAAUCUGGUUUUUUAGUAGCUCCUUUAGUUUGCUUCGCUUCGAGAAGAUAGGAUAUGAAUAUGAUACGAUACAGGGCAAGGGCAAGAAGGGUACGGAAUGGAUCAAGGUCGAGAAGAUUGAUCCGAACCAGAAACGCUGCAGCUUCUUCGCGAAGGUAUGCAAGGAGCCGGUGAAGCACCCCAAGGUGGAGAGUUUGGUCGAAGUCCAGUGCGGCGAUGAGACCGGAACCGUCACCUGCGUGAUCAAAAAGGACACUGCCGAUGCCGUCAUCGAGAUGGACAAGGUAUUGAUUUUGAGUAGUAUAUCGGGAUGCACAGGCAUAGGUACUUCUCAGUGUCCUUGCAUGCGGGUCGUGGUGUGGAGGACCCUGAUUGCAAGAAUCAGUUCUCCUUCUCCGAAGGCUUGGUUUUAGCAUGAUGAUGAUUCAAGAAAAGCUGCAACCGAUCUCGAUUUAAAUCUAGGUCGUGCGGUUCCAGAAUGUGAUGGUGCGCAUGCGCAACAACUUUAUCCGCGUGGAGACCGACCGAUGGGGCGUCGUGAAGAAGGCGGACGACACCACGGGCGAGGAAACCGGGGCGGAGGAAGCGGAAACGACGAAAGUGACCGUGCCGGAGAUCAAGGUGGUGAAGACGGACCACAACAUCUCUGCGGUCGAAUUUGAAGCGGUGGAUCAGAAAACCCUCACGGGUGAGCAGAAAUCCAGCGGCAAGGGCAAGGGCCGCAACCGACGACGAAAGGGAAAGGGAAAAGGUAUAGAAUUGUUUUUCUUCGAAUCGACUAUAGAUAUUUCAAUGUUUGAUAUCGAAGUUGUACGGAUUUGAUGUUUGAUGAAUUGAGUACGGUACUGUUCUUCACUGAUUUUGGGCGCUGCGCGACAAGUGAACGCGUUCGGAGGUUCCUGGGCAACAUGUUGUGCUUGCAGAAUGAAAUCCACUCUGCAAUUAUGAAUUCCUGUUUAGGUGAGAAGAAGGACGAGAAGAAGGAGGGCGAGCCGGAGUCCAAAGAGGGUGAGGAGAAGGCGAAGAAGUCCCGUCGCCCGCGGUCCAAGAAGAAGACCGACGAGGAGAAGGCCGCGGACCUGACCAAGGCGGAAGAUGCUGCCGAUGACUCCGUGCCGGCCAAGCCGAAGCGCACGCGCAAGGGUAAGGGGAAGCGAGCGGCGGCAAAGAAGGCUGCCGGGGAAGAACAAACAUCUAAUAAGGAGGUGGACGCUCCGCCGGCAAACGCGGUAUAGUUUUGUGAGAAAAUAUAAAUAGUCGGAAAGGAAACAGAACUACUUACAACUUCUCUCCAGAAGAGAAUCAUUAAGCAUUAAUAUGAGCAUCUCCACAAACUACAACCACAGGAGAAGAAGAAGCGGUCGCGCAAGGGCCGCAGCCGCAAGCCAAAGGAGGCGGGUACGGAGGAGGCUGAGGCUCCGACCUCCGGCGAACCGGCCAGCACGGAGGAAAAGCCCAAGAAGAAGGGCCGGGGCAAGCGCGCCCGCAAGGGGAGCGCCUCGUCGAUGGAGGGUGGUGCCAAGUCGCCGGCGUCCAAGGAGGAUAAGAAGCCCGCGGAGAAGAAGGAAGGCGGCAAGUCGAAGGGAAAGGGAUCCAAGGGUCGCAAGGGCAAGGGUAAGGGAAAGGCCCCCAAGCCCGCGGGCUCCUGGGUGAAAAAGGAGGACCCGUAA